CAAUUUGAAGAGCGUUUUCACCAACUAAAAAAAAUGGACAGUUGAACAGUCUUUUCUUCGGAAUGAAUAUUAUUCUACUGCAAUGUUCAAUAACAAUAAUUUUUUGUGGAGAAUAUUGAACCGAAAUGAACGGCAGCGAUUAUUAUUCCACCUAACAGUUUUUUUCUGGCUUGUCUGUUCAUUUAAUCGAGACCUGAGUAAAACCACUGUAAUCUUCUUUUUAAUUUUUGUUAGCAUCGAAUUUACCGUUUGCUUUUAUCAAUAAUGAAUAACAUUAAUGGGGAUUGUAGUUUCGUUCAUUCGUAUACGUCGCCGUCUUGCUUAUCGUACGUACGUUCACGACAUUCGCAUCGCGUAUCAAAUCAAAGGGCAGCGAGUAUCAAAAGGCAAAUUCGACGACAGUGAAAGAAGGUAGAUAGAAUAUUGGGUUGCGAGCUCGACUCUGCGAAAAAUCGUUCAUCAGGAGCAAUUGAUUGACUCAAGUCGGUUAACAAACUGGUGGUGAAAAAGGAUGGCUCUGAAAGGUAUCAAGGUAUUGGAGUUUGUGGGGCUGGCCCCGGGUCCGUUUUGUGGAAUGUUAUUGACCGAUUUCGGUGCAACGGUAACUCGGAUUGAUAAGAAUCCAACCAACAGCAUCGAUGUGCUCCAGGGAGGUAAAAGAACGUUGUCCUUAGAUCUGAAGAAACCAAAAGCGGUGGAAAUUGUGCGUUCUCUGUGCAGAACCACAGAUGUUCUGAUCGAACCUUUUCGACCGGGCGUUAUGGAAAAGCUAGGUUUAGGACCUUUGGAGGUGAUGAAGGAGAAUCCAAAGUUAAUUUACGCACGACUGACUGGAUUUGGCCAGAGCGGGACUCUUGCUAAGCGUGCAGGUCACGACCUCAACUACGUAGCUCUAUCCGGGAUUCUUUCCAUGCUUGGCAGAAAAAACGAACGCCCCACGGCGCCGAUAAACUACAUCGCAGAUUUUGCCGGAGGUGGUCUGCUGUGUGCUUUCGGUAUAUUGGCUGCUUUGCUAGAGCGGUAUCAUUCGGGAAAGGGCCAAAUAGUCGACCAUUCCAUGGUAGAGGGAGCCGCUUAUGUCGGUAGCUGGUUGAUUUGUUCCCAGAAGUUGCCAAUUUGGGGACAACCUCGUGGUGAAAACGUACUGGACACCGGAGCCCAUUUUUAUGAUACAUACCGAACGAAAGAUGGCAAAUACAUAUCUGUGGGGGCCAUCGAACCCCAAUUCUACCAAGAGCUUCUGAGUGGGCUUGAUCUUCAGAUUGAUUUGUCACAGUAUGAGGACAAUGAAAAGGCAACUCACCUUUUAGAAGCUAUUUUCCUAACGAAAACUCGCGACGAAUGGUCCGAAAUCUUCCAAAACAGAGACGCUUGUGUGUUUCCUGUAUUAGAAUUGAAUGAGGUAGAUAGUUUUCAUCACAACCGAGAACGAAACGUUUUUCUCGAUAGAGAAUUAACAAAAAAUGGCGAACUUGUUCCCAGCCCGGCUCCAAAACUCAGCCGAACUCCGGCGAUAUCUGGAGCAUUGGCGACAGACAAAAACGAAUACGAAAUGGUAGAGGAAAUUCUAAAAGAGAUUGGUCAGGAUUCGCAAAUUAACAAUCUGGUUUCUGAUGGCGUACUGUUGAUGAAUGUGAAACCUAAACUGUGAUAGAUAGAACAAUUUGUGCUUCGGACCUUCGGUUUUUAUUAAGUGAUUUUGGUUUUUUGUAGUAGGUUAUUAUUGUAAUAAAGGGUUUCAAAAUACAGUGCUUUUAGC